UCUUUCCGUUUCCUCUCAACGCCCGGGAAAGCCAAGCUGCUUGUCAAUGGCGCCUCCACGAUAGUCCAGAAUGUCCAGCGUCGUCCGCCAAGAGCUUGCAUACGAUUAAUGCGACGGAAAGCAGCCACGGCACCUCGAUUUCCUGCGCAGUAGAAGUAGAACGAGAAUCAACGACUGGCCGUCUGUCGAUUGCUGCAUUGCAAAUUCGCUGCACAAACCCGUCCGACAACAUCGACCAUGACCAACAUGAAAUCUUUCCAGCUCGCCCAUGAAACGCCGAUGAUUGACGAUGAAAUUGCCCUGCGCGAUUCGCAGACAGCCGAUUCGCCAUUGCGAACCUGGCUUCAAUUCAUCUCCUACAUCACGUCCGGACGACAAAGGAUUAACUACACAUAUCACGAAGCACCCACCGACGACAGCCUUGGCGAGGAUUGGAAAGCCUUGUCGCAACGGUCAAGACGCCCAUAUAGAUCGAAAUGGGUAUCCAGGAUAAGAAAAGUGCUCUGGUCGUCGUCCAUUAUUGCUCUUUGCUUCUUUGGCCUCUUACAUAUCACCCUAGCUCUUCUUGGCAGAAGACGGCUCUUCUUCGACAGCGCAUCCUACGCUGCUAACCUUCCGCAAUGGCGAAAGCCGGCGAGCAUCGAUCCCGCCCUGUUGGAGUAUCCCACAGACGCAACCCGAGAUAUACAGCCCAUCCCAUGCAUGUCCCACAAUGAUGAAUGGCGAAGCGUACCUCUCUUCGAAGCUCUUCACUACGGCUGCACAGGUGUCGAGGCGGACGUAUGGCAAGUCGACGGCGAGGACGAGCUCUUCGUCGGCCACAGCCAGACGGCCCUCACACGCAAUCGCACCUUCCGGAGCCUCUACCUCAACCCGCUCGAGGAGCUGCUAGACAGCAUGAACCCCGACACCGGCCCCUCCGACCCUUCCCGCCACGGCGUCUUUGACGUCGAUCCCGAGCAGACGCUAGUCCUCCUCGUCGACUUCAAAACCGACGGCGAAGCCCUCUUCCCCCUCGUAUCCUCACAACUAGAAACUCUCCGCCGCAAAAACUACCUCACCUACUGGGACGGCUUCGCGAUGCACUCGCGCGCCAUCACCGUUGUAGGCACAGGCAAUGCGCCUUUCAACCUCAUAAUCGCCAACCAAACCUACCGCGACAUUUUCUUCGACGCCCCGCUCGACCUCCUCUGGGAACCAGAAGAAGGAGAUGCAACCUCCACCCCACCCCUUCCUCACCACCCCUCCCUCUUCGGCGGAAGCGGCCAAGGCAACACCGGCAUCGAACACAUCACCUCCCCCGCCGACUUCAACGCCACAAACUCCUACUACGCCUCCCUCUCCUUCACCUCCAGCAUCGGCUUCCCGUGGACCGGCCGCCUAACCGCUUCCCAACUCGCCCUCAUCCGCGGCCAGAUUCGCGGGGCGAAGCGCCGAGGCUUGAAAGCGAGGUACUGGUCUACGCCCGACUGGCCGACGUCGCUGCGGAAUUACAUUUGGGAGACGGUGAUGCUGGAGGGGGCGGAGGUGCUGAAUGUGGAUGAUUUGCGGAGUGCGGCGGCGUUGGAUUGGAGGGAGGGGGUGGGGCAUUACUUGUUGGAUGCGUGAUUGUACUGCACGAUGGAUUGGAAUUUGUGGACGAGAUACCCCCCUGACGACGAUAGAAUCAGAGACGACAAAAAUUAUUACACGAUCUGCCCAUGAUAAUGCCCCCUCAUCAAUCCUCCUCGCGCACGCUCUCCACCUCCUCACCCCCACCCACCACAUCCUCCUCCUCCUCCUCCUCGUCAUCCUCAAUCUCAUCAUCAACCUCAUCCUCAGCAACAAUAGCAUUACUCUUGAACCUCCCCUUGCCCUUCGCCUGCCCCACCCCCGCACCAGCACCAACCUUCUCCUUAGCUUUCCCCCUCGCCGCUUUCCCCUU